GCUGCAACUUUCACUUUGAAUCUUUGUUAUUGUUAUUGUUGUUAAAGAAACCAUGGCUUUUUUCAGAUAUUUGAAUUUCGGUUUUCCUAAGAUCUUAAACAUAAAAAAUGCUAUAAAUAUUAAUGAAAUUCGUGUUUUAACAGUUACUGAACACAUUUUAACACAAGAGCGAUCCUUCAGAAAAGGCUAUGGUCGUACAUUGAGAGCUAUGAAAUUCAGACGUAAGUUAGCCGGUCCUGAUCGUUUACGAAAAAGAAGUGAGUGGGACAAUUGGAACUACAAAGCCGAACUGUACGCAUUUAAUCAAAGAUUGCAUGAAAAUAUAACUGAAGAAACUUUACGUUGUGCUUUCAUUCAUGAAUCUUACAUCAAGUCCGAAGAGGAAAGGCGGAAAGAGUUAGACAUACCAACACAAGAUGUGACUCUGGAUCUAAGACCAAAUACAUCACUUAUUGCCGAUGGACGCGAUAUCACUAGUGAUUUCUUGAAGAGAUAUCUUAGGCAUUGUUUUCCACUUUUGCCUGAAGAAGGUGUACUGGCUCUACACAAUCAUCUGUUAUCUGAUGAAGUUUUGGCACACGUUUCAUUCAACAUUGGCACCAAAGACUUGGUUUUAUGUUCAGAAUAUCCACCUGAAAAUCAUACUCUAGCAAGUUCAUUAUUAGCAAUAGUUGGAAGUAUAGCCAAAGAUGAUAGUAAAAGUAAGGCUGAAAAAUUUGUUUUAGACUUAAUAUGCACACAACUUGUUGGAAAAGAUGUAUUUGACUUAUGGGACUUAAAAGAUCCUUGUGCUGUUUUGAAUUCUAUUUUAGUGAAGCAUGGCAUGAGUGAAUACGAACCAAGACUCAUAUUUGAGUCAGGACGGAAUACCAUAAUGGCUAUCUAUAAUGUUGGCAUAUAUUCCGAUAAGAAGUUUUUAGGGCGUGCCCCAGGCGAAACAUUGAAUAUAGCGGAAGAACUUGCUGUUUUUGAUUGUCUAAGAAAGAUUUUUCAAAUAAGAGAAUCUGAAAAGCCGAUUUCACCAAAAAAAUUAUCUAUGGAUGUUAUAAUGAAUGAGAAAAUUGAAAAUCCCUCUGUUGAAAACUGGUAUUCAGAGUCUCUUAAGUUGAGCAAAUGUUUUUAAAAAAUAAGAUUCAAACAAAUAUGUUCCAAAAUAAAAUUAAUAAAUUUAAAAAGGAAUAAAAAUGCUAAUUAUGUUUUUGUUA